AUGAAAGCUUUGCACAUCAACCCCUCGGAUGAGUCAUAUCAUCAUGACUUUGAAUUGACAGAAACAAACUACACUCGAUUGUGUUAUACCAAGCCUAUCUUGACGGUGAACGGCAUGUUUCCUGGGCCAGAGCUGCAUGUCUACAAAGGAGAUACCGCCAUUAUUAACGUUGUAAACCAAGCAACUUAUAAUAUCACUCUUCACUGGCACGGACUGAAACAGCCAAGGAAUCCAUGGUCAGAUGGGCCAGAGUACGUGGCUCAGUGCCCAAUCCAACCAGGAGCAAAUUUCACUUACCAGCUUAUUUUCUCUGAUGAGGAAGGGACCAUAUGGUGGCAUGCACAUAGCGACUGGUCUCGAGACACAGUCCAUGGGGCUAUCAUGAUUUACCCUAAGAACGGAACCAGCUAUCCUUUCGACAAUCCUCAUCAAGAAGUACCCAUUAUACUCGGAAAUUGGUACAACGGAGACGUGAUGGAGAUUAUUGAAGAUGCCCUUAAAACCGGAGGAGAACCAAACAAGUCAAAUGCUCACACCAUUAACGGAUUACCGGGGGAUCUCUACAAAGAAACCUAUUCAUGCGCAAAUCCAGGAACAUUUGAGAUGAUUGUGGAGGAGGGAAUGAGAUAUCUACUUCGAAUUAUCAAUGCCGGAAUGAAUGAAGAGAUGUUCUUCAAAGUAGCUCAACAUAACCUCACUGUUGUGGGAUCUGAUGGAGCCUACAUCAAACCCAUUACCACCGAAACCAUCAUGAUAGCUCCCGGACAGACCAUGGACGCCAUUCUAACAGCCGAUCAGACUCCGGCUCGGUAUUACAUGGCCGUAACAGUUUACGCCAGUGGCAAUGUUCCCUACGACACCACUACCGGCACGGCCAUUUUAACAUAUAAAAACUACACCAAUUCAUCGUCUCCGGUGAUGCCAUCCCUCCCCGCCCACAACGACACCGACACAGCAGACAGCUUCACCAAACAGUUCAGAAGCUUGGCAACCGCUGAACAUCCAAUCGACGUCCCAAAGGAUUACGAUCUCCGUAUCUAUACAACGAUUACUGUAAGCACAUUGCCCUGUGAGUCAGGAAGCACCUGCUUAGGCCCCAGCGGAACAAGACUCUCUUCAAGCUUGAACAACCAAAGUUUCGUGAACCCAUCAAUCGACAUAUUAGAAGCUUACUACAAAUCGAUUUCUGGGGUUUACACAACGGAUUUCCCCAGUGAGCCACCUUAUCCUUUUAACUAUACGGGCGACAAUCUGCCGUCGAGUCUUCUGACAGCGACUCAGGGUACUAAGGUGACGGUUCUAGACUACAACACUACGGUGGAGGUUGUGUUCCAAGGGACCAACUUGAACGGGCCGGAGAAUCAUCCAAUGCACUUACAUGGGUAUAGCUUCUAUUUUCUUGGAAGCGGUUCUGGAAAUUUUAACAACGUCACCGACCCUUCUAGCUACAACAUAGUUGAUCCACCACUGAUAAACACCGUCUCUGUCCCUAAGAAUGGAUGGGCUGCAGUCAGAUUCCGAGCAGAUAAUCCUGGUAAUGUGUUCAUGCAUUGUCAUUUUGAUCGGCAUGCUAGCUGGGGUAUGAACACAGCUUUCAAAGUGAAGAAUGGUUCCAGUGUGAAUGAGAGUCUGAUACCACCAUCACCAAUGCCACUAUGUUGA